UCCGAGUCUGAGUUGAAGUCAUUUCUAAAUUAGUAAAGAGUUUAGACAUCCAAAAUGAGCACAUCUUGUAAAAUGAUCAUCACAUAUAUAGUCUUUUACCUCAUUCUGACAGCAAAUUGUGCAGAAAAUGCUGCAGGGAAAACAGAAUGCUUCGAAACGAGUUGCAGCAAAGACGGGCCGGUCAUCAGAUUUCCCUUUUGGCUUAAAGAUAGGCAGCCAAGCUACUGUGGCUAUCCUGGAUUUGGUUUAUCUUGUUCAGAUAAUAAACAGACUUUUAUAGAGCUGCCAGUUUCAGUCAAGAUGUAUGUCAAGGAUAUUGAUUACAUAUCCCAGAUGAUUUCAGUCUCCGACCCGGAAACUUGUCAGCCAAGAAACCUCAAGAGCCUGAACCUUUCUACUUCUUCUUUCAAUUUCUAUAGAAAAUCCAUAUUUUCUUACAGUUUCUUCAAUUGUACAUCAAGAAAUAUGGACUUGAAUGGCCUCGGUUAUGAAAUUCCUUGCCUUGCGAAUCCGGGAUAUCAGGUCUAUGUGAUUUAUUCCUCCUCAUAUAUAGGCUCCAUGCCAAUCUCAUCAUGCGCCAAGAUUUUUGAAAUUUUAUCAUUCCCAUUUAACUUUGACUUCCCUGGUAACAAUCUUCUCUUGAAUUGGACAACACCACAGUGUUCUCUCUGUGAAGCAGAAAACAAGAAAUGUGGAAUCAAGAGUAACAGCACAUUGCGCGAAAUGGUCUGUUAUGGAAAUCUCAGAACAAGCAAAGGUGCAAUGAAAGCGCCACUGAUUACUGGUCUAGUCCUUGUUUCGCUUCUUCUAGUGGCAGCAAUUCUUGUGCUGUGUUACAAAUACAGAAAAGACAAAGCAGAAAAAGAGAAUCAAGUGAAGAUUGAAAAGUUUCUGGAGGAUUAUAAGGCUCUUAAGCCUACAAGAUAUACUUAUGCUGAUAUCAAGAGGAUUACGAAUGAUUUCAAGGAAAAAUUGGGCGAAGGAGGUUAUGGAACAGUAUUCAAAGGAAAGCUUUCACAUGAAAUUUAUGUUGCUGUCAAAAUCCUCAACAAUUCUAAAGGUAAUGGAGAAGAGUUCAUCAAUGAAGUAAGAACCAUGGGUCUAAUUCAUCAUGUCAAUGUAGUUCGCUUAGUCGGCUAUUGUGCUGAUGGAUUCAGAAGAGCUUUAGUAUACGAGUUUCUACCAAAUGAGUCGCUAGAGAAGUUCAUAUUUUCAACAAAAAGAAACAACCAGAUCCUUUGUUGGGAUAAACUUCUAAACAUUGCUAUAAGUGUGGCGAAAGGGAUCGAGUAUCUUCACCAAGGAUGUGAACAACGAAUCCUCCAUUUUGAUAUAAAACCUAGUAAUGUUCUACUUGAUGACAAUUUCAAUCCAAAAAUUUCAGAUUUUGGAUUGGCGAAGUUGUGUUCUAAGGAUCAAAGUGCUAUCUCCAUGGCUACGGCUAGAGGGACUAUGGGUUACAUUGCGCCUGAAGUGUUCUCCAGGAACUUUGGAAAUGUAUCCUAUAAGUCAGAUGUUUAUAGUUUUGGAAUGUUGUUAUUAGAAAUGGUAGGAGGAAGGAAAAACAUGGAUGUUACAGUAGAGAAUAGUGGCCUAUUAUACUAUCCUGAAUGGAUAUAUAAUCAUUUGGAACAAGGGGAAGAACUAAUAAUCUGCUUAGGGGAAAAAGAAGAAGAAGGUAAUGCUGAUAUAGCAAAAAGACUUGCAAUUGUUGGAGUUUGGUGCAUUCAGUGGCAUCCGGUAAACAGACCUUCAAUGAAAACUGUUCUUCAAAUGUUGGAAGGAGAUGACAAUUUAAAAGUUCCUCCUAAUCCUUUUUCGUCUACGAGGUCGUAUAGAAAUCAGCAUGUGAAGCCACUAGACCUAGAACUAGCAACAAUUUCUGAAAUAUGAUAUCAAAUUCUAUGUAUAGUUCAAGAAUGUUUAUCUGUUCUCAUAGUGAUGAAGUGCCUUUCAUUCUUUGCUCGAAAG